CACCAGCAUGCCAACAAUAACUCUAGUUAUCUCUCUAGGUCUCUCUUCAUCUUCACAAACUAUCUCAUCGAUAUCUUCUCCCCCUUCCUAACAACUCCAAGAUGCCCGCCGUCCCUCUCGGAUCCCUUGUUCUCGUCACGGGCGCCUCCGGCUUCAUUGCUGUCCACACCAUCAAGACCUUCCUUGAGAAUGGCUACCCCGUCCGUGGUACGGUCCGUUCCCAGGCCAAGGGCGAGUACCUCGCCGACCUGUUCAGGGGAAGCAAGGCGCCGUUCGAGUUCGUGAUUGUCGAGGACAUCGCGAAGCCGGGCGCGUUCGACGAGGCCGUCAAGGAUGUGGUUGGCGUUGCACACACUGCUAGCCCUUUCCAUUUCAAGGUCAGCGACCCACAGGAGCUUAUCGAGCCUGCGGUCAAGGGCACACUUGGCGUUCUUGAGAGUAUUCAGAAGAACAACCCCGACGUUAAGCGCGUCGUGAUCACCAGCUCAUGCGCCUCCAUCAUGGACGAUGCUGCUCCCAAACCCCACGUCCGCACGGAGGAGGACUGGAACCAGACCUCGGUCAAGAAUGUCGAGGAGAAAGGCCGCGAUGCAGCUCCCGGUGACAUGUACCGCGCGAGCAAGACGCUGGCCGAGCGCGCCUUCUGGAAGUUUAUUGACGAAAAGAAGACAGCCUGGGACGGCGCCACUAUCUGCCCGCCCAUGGUGUACGGCCCGAUUCUUCAGCAGAUCUCGAGCACGUCAGAGUUGAACACGUCAAACGCGUCGAUCCUCGACUGGCUCACGGGUAACAAGAAGCAGAGCGACAUUCCCGAUGUCGCCAGUUUCAACUGGGUCGACGUGCGCGAUGUCGCCCUGGCGCACGUCCGUGCGCUCACCGUCGAGGAGGCUGGUGGGGAGCGCUUCAUCGUUGGCGCUGGUCCCGGGUCCCCCAAUGACCUCGUCCUGAGCUUCGAGCGCCACUUCCCGGACCGCAAGACGUACCCCAAGGGCGAUGCGUCCAAGGUUGAGGCAAUCAACUCUAAGAGUAAUCGGUACGAUGGCUCCAAGGCAGAGCGUAUUCUGGGCAUCAAGUACCACGACAUCGACACGUCCGUCAAGGACACGGUGGACAGCCUUGUCAAGCGGCUGGGCGUUUAGCUGGGUGGAUGGAUUAGAGGCCAGUCCAUGUAGUGAGAAUGAAAUAGGUGUUGCGCAUGUGUUAUCGCGCUAUCGCCAUAUCGAUGGAGACGUGAGGAUGGG